CGAAAUUCAGCGGCCAAAAUGUAGAUAUCCCAGACCUUCGCCAGCGAUGGCGAGAUGUGCAAGGAGAAAAUGAGUGGAAAGACUGCCAUUGUUAUUGGUGCUGGCGUGGGUGGAGUUGCAACUGCAGCGAGACUCGCCAAAGCUGGGUUCAAGGUACUCGUUCUGGAGAAAAAUCAUUUCACCGGUGGACGAUGUUCAUUGCUGAACCAUAAAGGCUAUCGAUUCGACCAAGGCCCGUCACUGCUCCUGUUGCCACACCUAUUCCAGGAUACGUAUCGCGAUCUUGGCAGCAGCCUCGAGGCUGAAGGGAUCGAGUUGCUAAAAUGCGAACCCAACUACCACAUUUGGUUCGACGACGGAGCGUCAUUCAAGAUGUCUUCGGACUUGGCGCAGAUGAAGGCCGAAAUUGAACGCUGGGAGGGCAAGGAUGGCUUCGAGCGAUAUAUUUCGUUCUUGCAGGAAUCUCACCGGCACUACGAGCUUAGCGUGACCCACGUUCUGCGGAAGAACUUCACGUCCUUGUUGAUCAUGUGCCGCCCGGAUUUUUUUUUUGGCACUUGCUCGAGCUUCAUCCCUUCGAGUCUAUAUAUAGACGGGCGAGCAAAUACUUCUGGACCGAGCGUAUGAGGCGAGUGUUUACAUUUGGAAGC